AUGGCUAAGUACAGGAGUGCCACCUGUUACGUGGCACUAACUGUGCUCGGGUGCAUGCUUCCACAAAAUCCCACAAAACCUCAAAAUCCAACAUAUCCUAAACAGCCACAGGUUCCGAAGAAUCCGAAGCAUCAGUCAGAGCCACCACAGGAACCGGAAAAGCCACUACAGCUGGAAAAUGCCCAAGUCAACGAUUUUCAACAGCAGGUGAAUAAAGGUUAUCCAGCACAGGUACCCAAGCAACCCCCAUCUGCCCUACCUUUAUUAUGUGAGGUCCCACAAAGACAGAGGGUCAGAUGUGGAGAACCUGAUAUUCCUCUUACUGGUUGCGAGAUGCUGGGCUGCUGCUUUGAGGGAAAUAUGUGCUUCUACGGAAAGGCAGUGACUGUCCAGUGCACCAAGGAUGCUCAAUUUAUUGUGGUGGUGGCCAGAGAUGCCACUCUCCCCAAUAUUGACCUGGAGUCACUCUCACUGCUGAGGCAAGGUCAAGGCUGCACCCAUGUUGAUUAUAAUUCAGGCUUUGUCAUCUACCAGUUCCCCGUUACUGCCUGUGGCUCCCUUGUUAUGGAGGAGCCUGGUGUUAUAAUCUAUGAGAACAUGAUUACCUCCACAUAUGAGGUGGAAGUGGGACCCCAUGGAGCCAUCACCAGAGACAGCAGCUUUCAAUUACUCUUCCGGUGCAGGUAUGGCAGCAUCAGCUCUUCAUUAAUAGUUGUUGAAGUAGAACCGAUACUGGAUCCUCCUUUACCAGCUUUUGGGGUUGGGCCUGUAAGGGUAGAGCUGAGAUUGGCCAGUGGCCAAUGCACCACAAAGGGCUGUUAUGAAGAGGAUGUGGCCUAUACAUCAUACUACACGGAGGCAGACUUCCCUGUGAGCAAAGUACUGAGGGAAUCUGUCUAUGUAGAGGUUCGGCUCUUGGAAAAGACAGAUCCCAACCUUGUUCUAACUCUUGGUCACUGUUGGACGACUUCUACCCUCAACCCUCACAGCCUGCCCCAGUGGGACAUCCUGACUGAUGGGUGUCCAUAUGACAACGACCGUUACUUGUCUGCCUUGGUCCCUGUGAGUCCCGAUGUGCUGUACCCGACCCACUACAGACGCUUCCUCUUCCAGAUGUUCACCUUUGUAGACCCGCAGAGCAUGACUGCCCUGCACGAGAAGGUGUACGUUCACUGUAGCGUUGCUGUGUGCACCCCUGCUCAAGGGUACUCCUGUGAGCCGUCCUGUCACAGGAAACGUAAGUUCAAAAGAGACCUUUCUGCCAUCGCUGCUCACAAGACGGAGCCAAAGGUUGUGGUGUCAGCUGUUGGGCCUGUGCUCUUGAGUUCCCCUGAGGAGUAA